GCCGCGCUUUUCCGGGCGUCACCGCCUAUCACCUAGGAACGUCGGCUGCGCGCGACGCAGUUCGCGGGAUAAAUGCGGUAGCGCCGGGCCUAGGAACCCUUAGGCCUGGGGCAUUUGGGCUUUCGGACGUUUGGCAGGGUCGCGACCCACGUUGACCUCGUCCUUGCCUCUCGCUGUGCCAUGGCGGACGAGGGGAAGUCCUACAACGAGCAUGAUGACCGCGUUAGUUUCCCUCAAAGAAGAAAGAAAGGCCGGGGUCCUUUCCGGUGGAAAUACGGUGAGGGGAACCGUAGGUCUGGAAGAGGAGGUUCUGCCAUUCGGUCUUCCCGUGUUGAGGAAGAUGACAGAGACGUGGCAAUGACUGACGCCCAGGAUGUUCCUCGAGGAGUACGAUACAACCCCUAUGCUGCCCGACCCAACCGUCGGGGUGAUAGUUGGCAUGAUCGAGACCGCAUUCAUGUUACUGUGCGGAGAGAAAGAGCUCUUCCAGAGAGAGGGGGCGCUGGCACCAGCCAGGAUGGAACCUCGAAGAACUGGUUUAAGAUUACAAUUCCUUACGGCAGAAAAUAUGACAAGGCAUGGCUCCUGAGUACGAUUCAGAGCAAAUGCAGUGUCCCUUUCACCCCCAUUGAGUUUCACUAUGAAAACACACGGGCCCAGUUUUUUGUUGAGGAUGCCAGUACUGCCUCUGCAUUGAAGGCUGUCAACUACAAGAUUUUGGAUCGGGAGAACCGAAGGAUAUCUAUCGUUAUCAACUCCUCGGCUCCACCCCAUUCUAUACAGAAUGAACUGAAGCCUGAACAAGUAGAACAGCUAAAGCUCAUCAUGAGCAAACGAUACGAUGGCUCCCAACAGGCUCUGGACCUCAAGGGCCUCCGUUCAGACCCAGACUUGGUGGCCCAGAACAUUGAUGUUGUCCUGAAUCGGAGGAGCUGUAUGGUGGCUACCCUGCGAAUCAUUGAAGAGAACAUCCCUGAGCUAUUGUCCUUGAAUUUGAGCAACAACAGGCUAUACAGGCUGGAUGACAUGUCCAGCAUUGUGCAAAAAGCACCCAACCUGAAGAUCUUAAACCUCUCUGAAAAUGAACUGAAGUCAGAGCGGGAGUUGGACAAGAUAAAAGGGUUGAAGUUGGAAGAGCUGUGUCUCGACGGAAACACCAUGUGUGACACCUUCCGAGACCAGUCCGCUUACAUCAGCGCCAUUCGAGAACGAUUUCCCAAACUACUACGCCUGGAUGGUCACGAGUUACCACCGCCAAUUUCCUUUGAUGUUGAAGCCCCCACAACGUUACCACCUUGCAAGGGAAGCUACUUUGGAACAGAGACCCUGAAGAAUCUGGUCCUGCACUUCCUGCAGCAGUUCUAUACCGUUUAUGACUCUGGGGACCGGCAGCGGCUCCUGGACGCCUACCACGAUGCGGCCUGCUGCUCCCUGAGCAUUCCUUUCACGCCACAGAACCCCGCCCGAAGCACCUUGGCUGAAUAUUUCAAAGAUAGCAGGAAUGUGAAGAAGCUUAAAGACCCGACCUUGCGCUUCCGGCUGCUGAAGCACACGCGUCUCAACGUUGUGGCCUUUCUCAAUGAACUGCCCAAGACCCAGCACGACAUCAAUUCCUUCGUGGUAGACAUAAGCGCCCAGACAAGCACGUUGUUGUGUUUUUCUGUCAAUGGGGUCUUCAAGGAAGUGGAUGGAAAGUCCCGGGAUUCCUUACGAGCCUUCACCCGGACAUUUGUCGCUGUUCCUGCCAGCAGUUCAGGGCUGUGUAUUGUAAACGACGAGCUGUUUGUGCGGAAUGCCAGCCCUGAUGAGAUCCAAAGAGCCUUCGCCAUGCCUGCCCCCACGCCUUCCUCCAGCCCAGUGCCCACCCUCUCUCCAGAGCAGCAGGAAAUGCUGCAGGCAUUCUCUACCCAGUCUGGCAUGAACCUCGAGUGGUCCCAGAAGUGCCUUCAGGACAAUAACUGGGACUAUACCACAUCUGCCCAGGCCUUCACUCAUCUCAAGGCCAAGGGCGAGAUCCCAGAAAUAGCGUUCCUGAAGUGAUCCACAGUCAUGCUCCAGAGGAAGCCCCCUGUAAAAUAGCCCUUAGAUACUCAAAUCUCCUUGGCAUGGUUGUCCUCUCCUCCUCUCCGGCCCAAGGCCACCCUGCGACUGUGACCGAGGAGGGAGGGCUUCUGGAUGCUUCACCCCACCUGACUUCUGGAAGACGUCUGGAAGGGUUCCAGAUGAUUGAGCCUCACUGGUGCCCGGAAGCCAAAGCUUAUUUGUAGAACUGACACUAAACUCCCCGAAGGACCCCGGAGCCCUCCCUACUUUUUAAGAUAAAGAGUGUUAAUUGUA